AUGAGAGAAGUCAUUGUUUACAAGUUGUACCUUGUAACUAUCACCAAAAGUUGGGUGAGAGGUCCAACCUGGCCCCCUUCUGGAAGGGCUGAAUCUUCUGAUCUGGUUCGCCAGGAAACAUGCUCCAUUCUCUUUGAUGAGAUCCUUAAGGAGUCAGAUGUGGACUGGGUGAACUGUGCCUGCUGCUGGCUUACAACCUCCUUGGAUUUGGAGGAGCCAAGGCCCUGCAAGGAUGGGGAGGGGAAGUUGGAGUCACUGCUUUGCCUGUCAUUGGGAUCCCUUGGGUCUUGGAGCGAGCCUGCUGGGGGAGACCAUGACACCACCAAGACCAAUGUGGGGCUGACCAUCUCAGCCAGGUUGUGGGCUGAGGACAUCAUUGCCAGCAUAUGUGAAGGAAGAAGGUCACAGGGACUACAUGUAUCAGAUGCUGCCCUUACAUUCCUCCUCUACUGGGAAGCUUUCCAAAGUUGCUAUGUCUUGCAGGGUUGUGGGCUGAGGACAUCAUUGCCAGCAUAUGUGAAGGAAGAA